AUGAAACCCAAAAGCAAAGCCAAAUCGCGUUCCGCUCGUGCCAACAUAACAUUCCCCGUUGGCAGGGUUCAUAAGAUUUUGAAAUCUGGGAAUUACGCUCAAAGAAUAGGCGGCGGUGCUCCUAUAUACCUUGCAGCUGCAGUCGAAUACCUUGCUGCAGAAAUACUAGAACUGGCCGCGGAAGCUGCUAAACAGAACAAGAAGUCCAGAGUCAUUCCACGGCACAUACUCUUUGCGAUACGAAAUGAUGAUGAACUCAAUCAGAUGCUAAGCGGAGUGACAGUGUCACAGGGUGGCGUGAUACCAGCUAUCCACCCACAUCUACUGCCUAAGAAGACCAUGAAGAAUAUGUCGCAAGAGAAAUGA